AUGGCAACCUCAUCAUUACCAGCGCCAACACCACUGAACCUAUACCUCGGGCUCACAUCCCUCGUCUCUGCCACGUCUUCACUCCUAUAUCUAACCUCGCCAUCGGCAUCACUCGCAAAGCUUGGGGGUACACCGUCCCCAAGCGCGCUGGUACUCGUUCAAGUGGUGGCUUCGGGCGAGGCCCUAGUGUCGUAUCUGUGUCUGGAGGGACUGUUCUCACAGAUACCUGAGAGUCGAAGAUUGGUGGUAAGGGCUAUUGGAGUGUAUAAUUUAUUCCACAUGGGUGCGUUUUGGUGGGGACAUAGGAGGUAUGUUAGGAACCCGAAGGGAGCAGGCAUGUUGGCGAUGGGGCUGGCAGUGGGAACUGUCACAAGUUUAUGGUACGGGGUGUGUUAG